CUGGCUAUUAAAAUCCUAAUAACCCAGUUUGACUGUGUCUCAGAGGAGCAGUUCAUCACUGAUGAGGUCAUUGUGGAAGCCAGAGAAGCUACUGAGGAAGAUUUGCUGGUUGUUCACAGCAAACGCUACCUCAACAAACUGAAGGUAACACUGGUCCUUUUGUCUGUUUUUGCCGGAAAGCUGGCGGUGGAUCGAGGGUGGGCAAUAAAUGUAGGUAAGUACAUCUGCAGCUGA